UUUUGUUUGUUAACACAUUUCAUAUAAAAAUGUUAUAAAACCAUCUUUCAUUAAACAAAACAAACUCAAUCAAUUUUUGAUUGAGAGUAUAAAAAUCAUAUUUUGAGUUCAAUAUCAUCAUUCGCCCUUUGUUUGGCGUGGAAGGGACCUGCUUUGCAAAAGUGACCAUGCUUCGCACCUCAUUCCUCUGGGUCAUUUUAGGCUUGGCUCUGCUUAGCACGAAUGCUGAUGCAAAAAAAAAUCGCUCCUGCCAAACAGAGGACAGAGGUAAAGUAGAACAUGGUACAACAUACACUGAUGAAAAUGAGUGCCAGCAAUACGAAUGCCUCUAUGGGAUUCUUACCACUCGAGGUUGUGGAAUAUCGCAGGCCCCAGCUGGUUGUGAGUUUAAAGAGGCCAAAGGUCCAUUCCCCAAAUGCUGUCCGAAACUUCACUGCAAAAACGGCUUCAAAUUUCAAUAAAAACAUUGUUCCAAAUAUCACGCAAUUGUAAAUUUUGUAAAAAAAAAAGUAUUUUUAUUCAAAAAGGGUUCUGUAAUAAAUUUUAUUUCUACAUGAAGAGCUCAAAGAUUGCUAGAGUUUAGCUUUUGUAAUCAAAUCUUUUCGUUCAAGAAUUUAUUCAAAGUAUCAACCUAUAUCUUAGAAAUUGUUUGUGAAGAAAUUGAUUUUUGAGAAAUAGAAAUUUGUGACUCUGAUUUGCUAAAUGAAAAACGUAAACAAAAAUGCUAAAAGGCAAAUUUUCAAUAAAAAAAUAUCUAGUGCUUAAUAAUGAUUGUCAAUUGGUUGCUUUUAAUUUAAUUACUCUUUACGAUGCUAAUUUUUUAAGUGUUUGUAAACAUAAAUUCAUAAGAAAUAAGAACAUUUACGGUAGAUCAAAUAUCGAAAUCUUAAAAUCGAUUUAUAUAUGUUAAUUUUGAAAUUUCAAUUUUCUUAAAGAAGUUACUGUUACUUUACGAAAUUGCGGUUGUUGGAAUUUUUGUAAGUGAUAUGAUGGAUCAUGUACUACAUUGCAAUACAGUUUAAUUUAACCUAUUUGUAUGUAUCUGUUUCACUAAAAUUAUUGCUAGCAGAAAUUAAUUAGUAUUUUUAGUCACAGAAAGCGAUAAAAUUGCAUCCCAGUAAAUGAUAAUACGAUCAUUAAAUUAAAAGUUAUUAAGGUUUUCUGAUUUUAUACAAGUAACGCUGUACAACGUUUACUUCCAGGGCACAGACAUACUUUGAAUUUUAUAGCAUCAUAAUAUCCAACGUCCAAUAUAUUGGGACAAAAAUUGAUACAAUUUUAUCACUCAAAAAAUAAUAUUUGCAGAACAGUUUUUUCUGUUUGUAUGCUUUUAGAAAGCGAUUGUCUUGUAAAAAUACAAUUAUAUUUACUCUGAUUUGUCAAAAUUUUGAUGAUAAAGAACUGCAGUAAUGUGUAAAGAUAUAAAUGUUUGUAAACAUAAAUUCAUAAGAAAUAAGAACAUUUACGGUAGAUCAGAUAUCGAAAUCUCAAAAUCUAUUUAUAUAUGUUAAUUUUGAAAUUUCAAUUUUCUUAAAGAAGUUACUGUUGCUUUACGAAAUUUCGGUUGUUAGAAUUUUUGAUAGUGAUAUGAUGGAUCAUGUACUACAUUGCAAUACAGUUUAAUUUAACCUA